AUGGAAAUAGAUUCUAAAGAAGCAAAUGAUUUCUAUUUAAACUCAUAAAUGCUCAAUUAAAAUUCGAUUUAAUCCAACUCCAAUCAUAAUCAAUAGCCCUUUUAAGAUCAUAGAUCUUAUCAAACCAAUACAUUUGAUCAAUAAAUGAAGAAUAGCACUUAAUAGAUAGAUAACUAAUAGAAAUAAAAUAGUUUGUUAUUAAACAGGGAAUAUGGAUAUAAAAUACCCACUCAAAUAUCUACAUAAAAUGGAGCAGUAGAUAGAGACUCAUUUGAUUUUGGUUUGCAGAAUCCUCGGGGUUCACAGAAUUGCUUCUUAAAUGUUGUCAUCUAAAGUUUAUAUAGACUUGAUUUUUUCAGGGAGUCAUUUUAUUAAUAGAGUAUUGAGAGUCCAUUCUUUGAUUUCGAGGUUGUCUAUGAAUUAAAAGUAAGAAUUUUUGGAUUUUUAUUAAUUUUUAAGAAAAUGUUCAACGAAAUUGAGACUGCCAGAAUGAAUACAAUAAGUGGAAAUUCAGAGAUUUUUAAUCCCAACAAAUUAAGACAAGAAUUGUAUUAAAAAUUCAAAGCAUAGAAUCUAUUCCCUCUAAAUGAAAAAGCUGAUGCUAUUGAAGCAUUUAACUAAAUCAUAGAGUUGGUUCAUUUAUUCUGCCUUGAAUCUUAAUUAGAAUUUUUAAACUGCUAUGAUCACAAAGAUCUUCGAGGGUCAAAGUCAAGAAAGAAGGCAUGCUUUGUUCAUUAAGGAUUUUAGAUAAACUUGUUUCAGAUUAAGGAAUGCAAUUGUCCAGAAAUGCAAUCCCUGGUAAAAAGAUACGAUCAAAUAAAUUUCAACCAAAUCGUAUAUGUGAAUGACCUGAUUAAUCUUAUUGAAAAUACUAAGGGCAACAAUCCUAACAUAUAUAACGACAUGAGUGGUUAUUUAUUCCAUGCCAUUAAAUUGACACUGAAUGAGGAGAAAAGUUAAUGUGAUCAGUGUUAAACUAAGGAUUGCAUCACCUAACAAAUACUGGAAGUUCCUUUACCAAAGAUUUUAGUCUUAAAUCUGAUUUGGAGCUAGGUUACCUGCUUAGACCUAAUGAAAUUCUUUAUCACUCUUCCAUACUAUGCAAAUAUCAAUAAUCUCUAUCAAGGAUACCAGACUAUCAAUCAGAUGUACGAGAUUAAGGGGAUAGUAUUUUUCAGAUAUGAUCAUUACUACUGCUACUUCCAGCAGAAUGGUGUUUGGAAAAUAUAUGAUGAUUAGCUUAUACUUGUCGUAGAUAACUUUAAGUAACUCUGUUUUGAUGCUAUUAGAAUUAAAUCAUCUCCUGUCAUUGUGUUUUAUCAAUAGACUGAUAAGCCUGUGGAAAGUUAGUCCUUACUUAACAUAAAUGAAGUCUAAGAAAUGAUAGAAUUAGCUAAGCAGAGAUAAGCUUAAGAUGACAUGCAAGAGAGUUGGAGUUAAAGACCUCCAUAGUAUUAUUAUGAUAAAUCUGGAGAUUUCAUUAUGGACGAUGAUAAUCAUUUUUUCGAUGACUAUUAAAAUAGAGAAUCGACAUAUAGGUUAAUCAAUCCAGAUCCAAUAGGCAGCAAUAGUAAUCAUUUUUAAAGAAAUACAGAGUAUGAUUAGCCUAAUAGAGACAGUAUAGGCAAAUAAAUGCAUGACUAAUCAAAUCCCACUACUACUUAGGAUAACAUAAAACAGGGAUAUUUGUCUAGAAGGUUUUCCUAGAAUAGUAGGAUGAUAUAGCCAAGUUAACAAUCAAGAACCAGAUUAAAUCCAUUGAAUAAUCAAGAUGAAAUAUAGUAGAAUAAUAUUUUGUUUAGGGAAUCAUCAUAGAAUUUCAACUCAUAGAGAUAAUCUAUUUCAAGGAAUACAGAUCUAAUUUUUGGAAAGAAUCGCAUAGGAUUAAGGUAAACUGAAUAAUUAGCUUAGUAGGUGUAGUUUUCAUAAAUGCCAAAGGACUCUAAACACCUAUAAGGAUAAUUUUCCUCAUUUAAACAACCAGUGGCAUUAUAGAGAGAUUUAAAUAGAAAAAAUCCAUUUGGUCUAAGAGAUAAAGAAGAAUAAAGAGUUGAGAAAAAAGAAAUUUUUCCGAAUUAAUAAUACCAAAGAAAUUUCUCCUUUGGCAAGAAAUAUGAUAUUUAGAUAGGACCGACUGAGAAUCUAUUAUCCAGACAAAACAGUUUAAAUAGCUAAGUCAGAUAUAGGGGAUAGAGAUGCUCCAUUUGCUAAAAUGAUUAUGCUUUACCCAAUCUGAGAACUUGCAGGCUAUGUACAAAAAGAGAUGACUUAGAUCAGAAACAGUCAAUUUACGGGUCAAAGAAGACGAUUGAGGAAAGAAGAAUUUUACCAGAAAAUCAUUUCUCUAGGGCAAACAAUAAUGAGAGUGGUUACUUACAGAUAUUCAGUAGAUGCAGGAGACGAAGAGCAGAUGGAAGAUAUAAUCCUGAUAUAAACGAUAAAUGUCAAUAUUGCAAUAGAGAGGUAUCAGAGUGCGAUUAGGGAAGCAUGGGCUCGUGUGUCCUUAAUCAGUGCAAUAUAUUUUGA